CAGAUUCAGCUCAACCGCUCUGGCCGAUUUUAUCCAAAUUCCGUCUUCAAUAACACCGGUUCCCACUGAGAAUCUGAGAUGAGUUACUGAAAGAAUGAGAUGGCGUGGAAAGGAAAUUGCACUAAAGACAGGCGGCCCUGGUAGUGAUUUGGUUGUUUCGAGGGCCCGUAUGUUUGUUUUGUUUGGCAUUCAGUCGAAGUCAGUCGUCUGCCUUUUGCGAAGAAAGCUACGGCCGGCGACCAAUCCGCCUCCUCUUUCUUUUAUGAUUGGCAUUUGAUCAUCAUUCCCUGCAAUAUGUCCAGAGAAGGAGAGUGAGAGGGUCCUUAUCUUGAUCUUCUAUGAAUUGGGGUUCUCUAGCUUUCUUCCUCUCUGAAUUGCCGAUUCACUCUGUUGCAAGGUAAACAUGCCAGAAAUUCAACUGGGUUGCCACACAAUAAAAUCCCAUGGAAUUAAAGUGGCAAGGGUGCAUAAGCAUGAUUGGAUGAUACUUGUACUUCUUAUGGUUCUGGAGCUUAUAUUGGCGGUAGUUGCAUCCCCAUUUCACCGGUUUGUUGGAAAGGAUAUGAUGACAGACUUGAAGUACCCAAUGAAGGGCAAUACAGUGCCAUUUUGGGCUGUUCCAAUAAUUGGAGUUUUGGUACCAUUUAUCGUCUUCCUUGUAAUCUAUCUAAUCAGAAAAGAUGUGUAUGAUCUUCACCAUGGUAUACUAGGAAUUCUGUACUCUGUACUGAUAACAGCAGUUAUUACUGAUGCUAUAAAAGAUGCUGUUGGUCGACCUCGGCCUGACUUUUUUUGGCGGUGCUUCCCAGAUGGGAAGGAUGUGUAUGAUCCGGUCACAGGCGGUGUCAUUUGUCAUGGACUCAAAAGUGUUAUUAAAGAAGGGCAUAAGAGCUUCCCUAGCGGCCAUACUUCCUGUUCAUUCUCUGGGUUAGGAUUCCUUUCGUUAUAUCUAUCUGGAAAACUUAAAGCCUUCGAUCAGAAAGGUCAUAUAGCAAAGCUUUGCAUUGUCUUCCUGCCAUUACUUCUUGCAGCCCUUGUUGGAACUUCUCGAGUAGAUGACUAUUGGCAUCAUUGGCAGGAUGUGUUCGCUGGUGGCCUACUCGGUUUGACAGUGGCUACAUUUUGUUAUCUGCAGUUCUUCCCAGCUCCAUAUCAUUCAGAGGGUUGGGGACCAUAUGCUUAUUUCCGUAUGUUGGAAGAACGCAGCACCCAAGGACAAUCGAACACUGAUCAAGUCAGUUUACAAUUAAGAGAUUUUCAGACUGAUUCUGCAAGGCAAGAGGAAAUAGAACAAUAUUACAUGCAUGAUAGUAACCCAAGCCUUGACAUGGAAGGUGGUAGGAGGUGAAACAUCUUGUUUUUCCUUUUCCUUUCUCAUCCUUUUCCCUUGUAACAGUAGUAGAUUCCCUGUGUAUUCUGGCACAAACUCAGAUCGGUGCAAAUUAUUCAAAGUCCAGUUAUUUGUCGGAUUACAGUUUCUCAUGAGAGAUUUGUUUUCCUGAACAUAUCACUAACCGAUGAUGUAAAUCUAAAUUUUUUCUUUAGUUUCCAAUUAAAAUCUGCUGGGAUAAAGCCUUCCAUCUUUUA